AUGUCUAAACUCACCGGCGCCCAGGUCGCCCGGCACAACUCCAAGGCCUCGUGCUGGGUCAUUGUCCACGGCAAAGCCUACGAUGUCACCGAAUUCCUCCCAGAACAUCCGGGCGGCCAGAAGAUCAUCCUCCAGUACGCCGGCAAGGAUGCGACCGAGGCCUUCGACCCCAUCCAUCCGCCCGAUACGCUGGACCAGUACCUCGAGGCCUCCAAACACCUGGGGGAGGUCGAUAUGACCACCGUCGAACACGAAGAGAAAGCGGAGGAUCCGGACGAAAGCGCCCGGCUGGAGCGCAUCCAGCGCAUGCCCCCGUUGGCGGCGUGCUACAACCUGAUGGACUUUGAGGCGGUCGCGCGGGAGGUCAUGAAGAGGACGGCAUGGGCAUAUUAUUCCAGUGGAGCAGAUGAUGAGAUGACCCUGCGUGAAAACCACUCCGCCUUUCACAAGAUCUGGUUCCGCCCCCGGAUCCUCGUCGACGUCGAAACGGUCGACUUUUCCACCACCAUGCUCGGAUCCAAGUGUGCCAUCCCCUUUUACGUGACAGCCACCGCCCUGGGGAAACUCGGCCAUCCCGAGGGCGAAGUCGUGCUGACGCGCGCCGCCCACGACCACGGGGUCAUCCAGAUGAUCCCGACCCUGGCGUCGUGCUCGUUCGACGAGAUCGUCGACGCCAAACGCGGCGACCAGGUGCAGUGGCUGCAGCUCUACGUGAACAAGGACCGCGCCAUCACGCAGCGCAUCGUGGAGCGCGCCGAGGCCCGCGGGUGCCGCGGGCUCUUCAUCACCGUGGACGCGCCGCAGCUGGGCCGGCGCGAGAAGGACAUGCGAUCGAAGUUUUCGGAUGUCGGGUCCAGCGUCCAGGCCGCCGGCGACUCCAUCGACCGGUCGCAGGGCGCGGCGCGGGCCAUCUCAUCCUUUAUCGACCCCGCGCUGUCGUGGCGGGAUAUCCCCUGGUUCCAGUCCAUCACGACGAUGCCCAUCGUGCUCAAGGGCGUGCAAUGCGUGGAGGAUGUGCUCCGGGCCGUCGAGCUGGGCGUGCAGGGCGUCGUGCUCUCCAACCACGGCGGCCGCCAGCUCGACUUUGCGCGGUCGGCCAUCGAAGUGCUGGCCGAGGUGAUGCCCGUGCUCCGCGCGCGCGGGUGGGAGAGGAAGAUUGAGAUUUACAUCGACGGCGGGGUCCGCCGCGCGACGGAUAUCCUCAAGGCGCUGUGUCUGGGGGCGACGGGGGUGGGGAUUGGGCGGCCGUUCCUGUACGCCAUGUCCGCUUACGGCCAGCCGGGCGUCGACCGGGCCAUGCAGUUGCUGAAGGACGAACUGGAGAUGAAUAUGCGGUUGAUUGGCGCGACCACGAUCGCGGAUCUGAGCCCGAGCAUGCUGGAUGUGCGCGGCUUAGUGGGCGGCCACCCUGCGGCGGUCCCGUUGGACACCCUGACGCUGGGAGCAUACGAUCCUCUCCAGGCGCCUCGGUUCAGUCAGGCCAAGUUGUGA